ACAGCAACUGUAAGAAUGAAGCGAUACGAUUGGUUAAAUCAAGUUUCUCUUUCAGUAUUGUUUAGGGAAGUGACACAUGAAAUAACUUAAAACAAAAUCUCAAGGAAUCCCGUUUUUAUAGAUGUCAAGAAUUUACUGACUAAUUUAUUAAAUAUAAAAUUUUCUAAGCAUUUAAAUAAAAAAUGAUAUAAUGUUUACUAUUACAACUUUUUACGCAGAAUUUAAAUAUGUCAAUAACUCAAAUUUGAAAAACAAUCAGAGUUUCCCUUUAAUAAACUAUAUAUUCUCUAUAUAAUUAUAUGGGUAUACUCAAACUUAACUCUUUUUAUACAUUACCACCAGUGGCGUAGCUAGGAAUUUGCAAUCAUUUGGGGGCCCCUGCAUAUUGCGUAAUAUUUAAUGUAAAAAAAAAAUUUCCUAACUCUCAUUUUGGGCCCCCCUCAAGUGGGUAAAUUCUCCCACCACCCUAGCUACGCUACUGGUUACCACACCUAACUAUUUGAAGAAAAUAUCUCACAUGAGACAUGUGGUAGUUUUAACUUGAACUACUUUAAAAAAAAUGUAAUAUAUGUCAAGAGAUAAGACCUUAGCAUCAGCAUAUUAUCUCAAAGUAAGAUAACUCAAUGUGUCACAUAACUCUCUUUAUCUGAUAUGACUCAAUAGUUAUUGCCCUUAAUGAGCAUGUGUUAAAAUUUUGAUACCUAUCUUGUUUGAUAAAAAAAUUUUCACCAGUGCUCAUAAUGAGCUUGAAUUUUAUUGUGUAACAAAGUCAGCAGCAAAGUGUUUGUCUUUUUUUUAUUAGUUAGCUGACCUAUUAUUUGGAGCUGUUUAUGAAUCUUUAAUACUUUCCCUUUUUUUGUUUUGUUUUUGUUUUUUUACUUGACUCCUGCAACAGGAUAUUUAUAUUUGUAGAGCUUAUUGUGAGAGCCUUUUCUAACCAUAUUAACAAAUUAUAAGUCUUUUUAAAAUGAGAUAUAAGUUUGUGUCACAUUAAAAAUUAAGGAGAUUUCACGAAUUUCUUUUUGUCUUGUUACUUCACAUCUUGUUUUUUGAUUUGGAUUUUGACUUUACCUUCCAAUGUUCAACCCAUUGUUAUGGAUAUCUGAUCUGUUGCAGAAAAAUUAAGGUGAUUGUUUAAUCGGAUGGCUUGUCAGUACCUUCAUUAAUCUCACCUAAACAAGCAGAUGAUUUCUACUUUAUUUGAUCCACUGACCAUAUGAUCUAAUGACCAUUUGGUCCUAAAGUUUCACUACAAUGCUGAAUGAAGAAUCUGAUGAUGUCAAGCAGCCAUUGCUGUCUCAUAAUGACUUUCACAGUGUAAACAAUGUCAAGGCCAUUAAUGGGCCCUAUUAUGAUUCCCUCGUCCACGCAGCAUCCGUUACAGAAAGCCAUCCUGUUGUGAAUGAUAAGAUUAGCAAUGGACCAUACUAUGAAUCCAUAGUAAGAAAAACAUCUGAAUCAGAAAUCAGAGCCAGCCCUGGACCAGCCAGUAACACAAACUCUGAAGAAACAAAGAGCCAGCCAACUUUUGCUGUUUACAAAAGGAGAUGGUACAUUCUAAUAGCAUACAGUCUUUACGCUUGCUUUCAAAGUGCAGUGUGGAACACCUGGGGCCCCAUUGAUUUAUCAAGUGAAGAAGCAUUCGGCUGGAGUGAUGAAACCAUAGCCUGGCUGAGUAACUGGGGGCCUGUUGUUUAUGUUGCCCUGGGAUUGUUUUACCCAUGGCUGCUUCAUGUCAAAGGUCUGAGGUGGGCAGUUGUGUCCAGCAUGUUCUUUGUGGCCCUAGGAACUGCUGUCAGAUGUUUUACUUCAGAGCCCACUAUGGCCACAAUUCUGAUUCACCUUGGUCAGUUUUUCAAUGGUGUUGGGGGACCAAUUUCUACUGGAAGUAUUCCAGCCAUCUCUGCAGCCUGGUUUCCUCCCAAAGAGAGGGUCACAGCUACUGCACUGAGUACUUGUAUUAACACACUAGGUGUGGCUAUUCCAUUUGUCCUUGGUCCUGCCAUUGUUACUGCUAUCCCUCCCAAAAACUCAACCAGCAACUCCUCUUCUGUUUCCAUAUUUCCAGGUCUUCAUCAUCAUUUUAGACAAAAUCUGUUCCAUGUUAUAGAUAAAUCAAAGCAAGAUAACACUACAGCUCACAGAAUACAACAAGAGAGAGAUGAAAUCAUGCUCUACCUGUAUUACCAAUGUGGUGCCUGUGUUUUGUUAUUUCUGGUUCUCUUGAUUUACUUUCCUGAAAAACCACCCCGUCCACCUUGUGCCUCAGCCAUAACCUCCAGAGAGGACUACUGGCACAGUCUGUGGUCAUUACGCAAAAAAGGACAUUUUUUGUUGCUGUCCCUUAUUUAUGGCAUUAGUCUUGGAGUUCUGAACAAUUGGAGCAGCGUCCUAACAGUCAAUCUCACACCAGCAGUUUCAGAGAGUGAGGCUGGAUGGAUUGGAUUCUAUGCCACUAUAGUAGCGUGUGUCUUCACAGUUGUAGUUGGAGUAUGUGCAGAUUACUUCACAAGACUUAUGAAGGUCUUUAUACUCAUCAUGUUUAUACUAGGCACUGGAUGUUUUGUUGUGUUUGCUCUAGUGCUUUAUAAUAUCAUUCCUACCUCAGAUGCCAUCUUGUAUGGCACCAUUAUAGGAGGCAACUCCUUAUUAAAUGCAGCUGUUCCUAUCAUGUUUGAGCUGGGCUGUGAGUUGGCCUACCCCAUCAGUGAGGGGGCUGCGAAUGGAGUCAUGACCCUCUUGAACAACCUUGGAGGCUUGAUCUUUCUGCUGAUUUUUUUCAUCCCCAAUGUUGGCACUCUCUGGAUGAACUGGACCCUCAUAGGAUCCACGGCAAUAUGCAUUCCCAUGAUCAUGGUCUUGAAGAGCAGGUUCAACCGGCUAGAGGUGGACGAGGGAGUAGAGCCUAAAGUCUAUGUUGACCAAGAAGUGGAUGUGAAUCCCAGCCCUCGUAUACAAGUCUAGCUGUAAUAGAUUCUAUCAGUGUGUAAUUGUUACACCAUGUAUUUGUUGUUUCUUAUCCAUGCUAUUGUGUCAAUGUAAUAAUAGUUGUUACAGUGUAACACAUUUUUAAUUUGGUUUUAAAAUAGUAAUAUUUAUUAUAUUCAAGCUCUUUAAUAUUUUGUAACAGGUUAUAAUAAAUAUUUAGUUGAUGUAUGACUUUAUAAUUGAAUAUUAUAUUGUUAGUUGUUAGAUUUUUUAUUUCAAUCAUUAAGAAUAUUUAUUUUUAGUAAGACCAUGUGAUAAUGAGAAAUUUUUACAUUUCGUACGAAAGACGAAACCACAAUAUAUUUAGUUUAACUUUUUAUGAAAGAAAUUUUUUUGGUGAGACCAAGUGUUAUAAGACUUAGUUUUUACAUUUUAGAAAGUAUAGGACUAUGUGGGGUUUUCUUUUAAAAUCUCUUUCUGGUUCAGUGUGGCUAAGAAGUCUAUGACUAGGUCAAGAGUAAAGUAAAAGUAAAGCAUCUCUUUCAGACCUUGUGAUCUAUAGGGCAGUUGAUGUAAAGGUCAUCUGUUUCUCCAGACAGAUAAGGUAAAAUGAAACUCUUAUUAAGAUGAAAUUGGGCAGCUGAGAAGAACAGCGUUCUCCUUUUCCCAAGGCACAAUCUGCUAAAGAUCUUACGGAUCAACAGCAGAAAGCUAACUCUAUGAAAAAGAUCAAAUAAUUGAUAGAGAAGAAAAGGGAAACUUGUGGUUGAAGGGAAAAGAAAGGCAACUCUAAAUCAGAAAGCAUGUCAAUGCUGAGUAACAAGGGGAUGUUUCAGUUUUAUGUGUUAAGAACAAAGUUUUUCCUCUAAUUCAUCUUUCACUUUGGUCACCAAAACUAACUUUAUAGCAGGUGUCCUUUAGUAUGGUUAUCUAACCAUCUAUUAAGUGCUCUCGAGGUACUGAAAUUUCUGAAGUGCUAAAUAUAUUUUUAGUUUGUUUGUUGAUUUGUUGAACUUUGACAUUGACAUGGGUGAACUUUACCCUUCAAUUUGUGGUUUGGCUCAUCAGUGAAGUGAAAGGAGGGCUGUUUGGGCAUGUGUCAUGUGCUUUGGACUUUUGUCAUGAUGGCCUCAAGUUUUGAACCCUGCCCGCUGCAAGUUUGGGCUACAAUGUAAAAGUCUUUAAAAAAAGAUUUUCUGGAAUUUGUGACCAAAUGCUUCAAAAGUUGUUUUUUAGAAUGUUAUUAUCUUAAACUAACAAUAACACUCUGGUUCCAUUAGUCACAUUGAGUCACAGAUAUUGCAUUAAGUUUUGACGUAUAUACUGUUUUCAAUCUGGAAAUAUCCUUUACCAAACUUCAUUCUUCAAUAUUUUCCUGCAUGUUGAACCUUCAUGUUAACUGAUCCUAUGCUAAUAACAUGUCUUUCUUUGAUAACAUUUGUUUUUAUCAAAAUUCUUCCAAAGUUGUGCUAUCUAAAACAUGCCAUUAAGUAUUAUUGGAUUUCAAUUAUACCAAUGUUGUGGUCAAUAUAACUUGAAUGUAGAGCAAGAUUCUUGAAUCCUUUUUGUUUUCUAGUUGUGUAGAUUUUGUUUUCAGUUAAUAAUGUGCCUAUGUAUUUGUUCCGGUGCUGUGACAAUAUAAUGAUCUCACCAGCGGACAAGAGCUGGAGAAAUAAGAAAGUUGAACUUUUUAAAGAAAUGUAAUCUUCCCUUUGAGUCCUUGAUCUUGGUGUGGUGGUAGGUGUUCAAUGCUCAGUGCAUUCCUUUGAAUUUCUUUUCUAUGAUUUCUAUUUUGCUUUAGUCCAUUUAUAUAUUUAUUCUCUACAAUUCACUCAUUCUUCAAAUUUGUAGAGAGGAAUAAGCCAUGUAAAUAAAAUACUACAGCAGGCUUUAGCAGUCUUGAGUUUAAAACCUAUUUCUCUAGGUAUGUAAUACAUUAAAAUUGCAUUCACACUCUCUGAUGUUAUUUCUUCUUUCUGCUUGGCAGCAAGCUUGAAUAGCCAAACUGAAUGUGGUUUUUAGAUGUUGUAUUUACUGCAAUGAUUUAUGUACAGCUUUUCAUGUAUUUAAACUUUGAAUACUUGUAAUUUAGAUAAGACUUUAUUCUGAGAGGUUAUAUUUAUAUACACUAUAUUACCUAAAAGUACAGAUCCUAUGGCUGAAUGCUGGACAGAAAGCCAUAAAGCAAUAUGUUAUGGGCUUUUUUUUAUGUUUUAAAAUUUAAGUAAUUGUUUUUUAGGCUUGCCAGUCAUUGUUACAUUUAUAUAUAUAUAUAUAUAUUUCAUUCAGUGUGAUAAUUUAUAAUUUAUGUAUAAUUGUGCUCUUCUGAAUUAAUGUUUCAGGUGAUUUUUUUUCCACUAUAAUCUGGCAUUGAAUAGAAACAUCUUUGUAUAAAUUUUGUCUUUUGUGGUGAAGAUUAUGUUUUUAGUAGGUAUAAAACUAUAUAUAAAAAACACAAUGUAGCAGUUUUUUUUUUCUUUUUGUUGCUAGAUAAAUGUUCAAGAUUGUAAGCAGUCUUUACUACAUUGAUGAUGGCUGUGAACUGUUCAAUAAUUAUUAAGCCACAUAAUAAUAUGUACUACAGUGGUGUCCAACCACAUUUCAAAUAGAUAACUUCUAUUUUUAUUGGUUGGUUCUAAAAAUGUUAAUCUGUUCUCAUUCUAUUUGGUAUUUUUUUUUUCUUUGUUAUUUGUUUAUGUGUGCAAUAGAGUUGAUCACAGAACUAAAGAACUUCAGGGUAAAACAAAAAUGUAAAUAAAAACUUUGGCAUUGGCUACUUAAUAAUUUUCACAUCUUUGUCACAGUGGUCCUCAUAAGUUUACAAAUGUUGUCAAAGAUAAUAUCUAGCUAGAAGAGAGAGAAAGUAUAAAUAGGACUAGAUGUGAUUUGUUGAUUUGUACCAUGCAGUUACUUUAACCUCAACAUCCCAUAGUUAACAAAUUACAGUGAGAGCACAAAUCAAAACAAAAAUUUGUUUCCUCUUUGUAUUUUAAAAUCUUUUUAAAUAACUUACAAGUUCUAGAAUGCUUUGUGGGUCAUCAGCAUCAUUGUUUUGAUUCCUUUGUAAGCAGUCACCUGUAGGAUUGUGUAAGAAAAUAUUUUCUUGACAAGAAGUAAUGCAAAUCUUUUAUUAAGCUUAAAUUUGUUAUUUAUCCGACCAAUGAAAGAGUUGAAUUAUUGAAUUUAUUUGACUUUCUAGACUAGCAGUCUUAUUCCCUUUUCGUUUGUAUUUCCUUUGUUCAUGUAGAAUUUUAAUUGUUGAUACCCUCACUGUGUUGCCCUUACUAAUUGUGAUCACAGUUAGUUGAUGUCAUAGACUUUCAGACUUGGACAUUUCUUUGUUAAGCGAAAAAUGACUGAGCGAUGUUAACUUUAAUUCCUAUGACACUUUUGAUUCCUGAACAAACACAGUUUUCAAUUUGUCUUUCAACAAAAAUCUUUCACCUUGAAACAAACAAAGGAAUUUCAUUCAAGUUCAUGUAUUUUAAUCAAAUUGUAAAAAUGAUAUAUUGUAUCCAUUCUCUUUGUUUUCAUGCACUUCUUUUUUUUUUUCAUUUUAAGAAAAAAAAAAGUUUUUUUCUCUCACCCCUUUUAUAUUUUGUAAAUAUAUUCAUAUUGUGAUAUUAUAUAAUCACUGGGUUUUUCAUUUCUCUGUUGUAUAUCUUUGGGGUUAUAGGAAUUAGUUUUAAACUGUUUUAUUAUUUUCUUUAAUGAAGCAUAUUUUUAUAGACUUGAAGCUUAGGCUGAAUGAAUGCAUUCAUGUCAUAUUUUGUUUCUAUUUUCAAUGAAAGAUCAACUUAAUACAUCAUGUCUAAGGCAAUAUUAGUAUCAAGGUGGUACAUUACUUUAAAGAUGAGUUAUAUACAUUUGUUACUUUGUUUUAGGCAUUCAUCUAGACAAAAUAAAAAGUUAAAAUGUGUGUAAAGAGAUCACUUAAUUUUUGAAUCACAUAACACAUACAUAUAUGUAUAUAUGGAGAGAGAUAUUUGUUAAUAUCCCCUUUAUUAUCAUAUUGUUUAGUGUUAAGUGACAAUAAAACAUUUGAAGCAUUUAAGAGCAUUUAUUAAAUUUCAUUUUGUAAGAAAAACGUACCUCCUAGACGUUAUAUUUUAUCACAAUUUUUUUUAAAUCCUUCAGACUGUAAUCUUUUGCUUGGAAACCACUGCUUGAGUUUAUAAUAUCAAUUAUGUAUAAAAUAAACCAAUACAAUUUUAAAACGCUGAGAUAUUUCCAUGCCUUAUAAACUGAGACGUACUGGUCAAAAUCUUUUUUUCUUUUACAUUCUCCUUCAGUCAAUGUAAAUAUAUUUUGUACUUGAUUUUGUAAUGCAUAAUAUUGUUAUCUAUAGUUUAUUGAAAUUAACAUUUCUGUUCAUCAACUCUUUUUAAUAUGGUUUCACGACCUUCCUACGAAACUUUGCAAUGCUCAAUAUUAUACAGAUUAAAUUUAAAUAAUAGUCUAGUUUAAACAAGUUUCUUUUCAAUAACUUUAUAUAUAUUUUUUUGCAUCUUCCUGUCAAGUCUUCCUGCAACUUUCCCAAUUCUUUCUUGUUUUGCAAUCCUUAAUUUUGUUUCGUGUCUUUUUUUAGUACUAAAUUCAUCUUUGAAUAUUUUUAGAAACAAAAAAAAAAUGUAUGCUUGUUGUUUUUUUUUUUUUUCCUUUAUCUAAUAAAAAAAAAAAGUUUU